AUGCAUGUGGCAAAGCGGCAAGAGUCCGUCGCCUAUUCCAUGAGGAAUGUGCGUAAAGACAGAGUUCUUGAUGUUCUCAAGGCACUCAAAGCAGAGAUCCCGGAAGCUCAGGUCACUGUGCCCUUCGCGUAUUCAAUCAUGCAUAGAAGUCACCCUGUAGAGAAGUCCAAGCUGGAGAAGGAAUUCGUGGACGAGUACAAACAUGUCCUCCCGCUCCUGGACUACUUUACCAUCAAUAUCUACCCUUUCCUUAGUUCUGGAACCAAAGGGGUGGCGAUGUCGAACCUGACUGGCCCCGAGAUGAACUUUCUGAACGACCAAAUCUCCGCUUUGCGUAUAGCUUUGGACCGUGACUUCCCUCACAACAAUCUGCCCUUGGCAAUUGGAGAGACUGGGUGGCCGUCUUGUGGUGCUGCCCGUGCCUUCCCGUAUUCGUUUGCCACUUUGCCAUAUGCAGAGACAUUCCUCAAGAAUGUAGCACAGUGGAUGGAGUCCAGUUUAUCAGAUGGCCGAAUCAUCUCUGGACAGCUUUUCACGGCCUUUGAUGAAGAAACGAAAGGGACCAGACCCAGCGAGCGUUAUUAUGGAAUCCUGACCUCCAAGGGUGAGGUGAAAAAUGCAUACUCAUGUGUGAGCAAUGCUACUGAGCUUUCGCAGGCAUGGCUGGAGGAGCUGUAUCCAGACUGCGAAAGCCACUCGGAAAUGGACGGGUCCUUGUGCUCCUUCCAGCAGUACCUCUACGAUCGCUGGGCUUCCUGCCCACCCGUCUCCAGAAUACCCGGGGACUUUCUUCCUGUCGAAGGGCACAUGGUAUACGGGAAGCGGACGGCACAGACAAAGUGCUGGAGCCAGCGAUUGGCUGACAAGUACUCCGACCGUGGGGCUGUCAACAAGCCAAAUGUGUCGCAUUUAACCGACCAGCACGCAAAAGCGCCUUCCAGCAAGAGCACGUCGCAAUCCUCUGAAGUGAACCCACUUCCAGAUCGCUCUGACUUAUGCGGAAAACCAAGCAUUGAACAUUUUAAAGUCCUGUUCUUUGAGGUUUAUUGGAUCAACUUGGAGCAGUCCAAGGAUCGGAGAGUGGCAAUGGAGAACAUGUUUGCAUCUGUGAGCAAACAGUUGCCAACCAGCUUGACGCUGCAAGUGAUGCGGGUGCCGGGAGUGACCGUCCAUGAAGUAAAGGAGUUGCAGGGCAGAGGUGCCAUUGCGGUCGAGGCAAAACUGAUUGAUGCCUGCGAAGACGCCUGCCCUGAGCAUCAUUCGAGGGGGGAGUUGCUGUACACAGAGAUGGCGUGCAGCCUUUCUCACCUGCGAGCCAUGGAGUAUCAUGCACACGCAGGAAAUGCCUCCUUGGCCCUUAUAAUGGAGGAUGACAUUGAAAUCUAUCCGGAGUUUGGCACCGAUUUAGAAAGAUUGCUCACUGAUGCUCCAACUGGAUGGAGUGCUUUGCAGAUGUCUUCUGUGAGCACGAAGGGCAUCCUACAGCUUGCCAGCGCUGGAGCAGUCUUUCAGCCACGCGAGCGGCAAUUCUACGGCACAGGGCAACUUGGCUUUGCUAAUUGUAACAAUGCUAGUAGCGUCCUUUCUCCUAGUACUAUGCAAUUCCAACGAAAAUCAUGGUUGCCUGGUGCAGGGUCGCUGCAGGCAGAGGGUGUAAUUUAUGAUGCUCUACCCGAAGGCAGCGUUCACACAAGCACGCACUUCUACUUCAAUGUCAUCGACUUUCCAACGACGGUGCAUAUCAUGAGCAACUCCUCAGAGUGGUAUGCGGUAUCAAGCGUCGCUUGGCAAAGAAACUUUGUCCACCGACACCGGGGCCGUUUGCUCCCUGCGACGCCUACCUCAACAAUCCCAGAACGGCUUGUGAGGUCAUCCUUCUUGGCGAUGACCACCUUAGUUUGCAGAAACAACACUGGCUUUGAUGGCGAGAGCCGUUCAAUCGCAGCUUCUAUCCGCGCGAUGGCGCCCUACAACUUUUCGUGGGCCGUGUAUGUGAUUGUCUCAGACGGAUCGGAGGAAGGCAAGUGCCCAGGCCUUGAAAGCUUUCGGGAGCUACGCCAGCCAAACGUGAGAAUGCUGUACAGAGUGUCAGGAGGUCGCUUCUCCAAGUGGGUCUACUACACUGAAGAUGUAGAGCAGUUCGCAAACCAUGACUUCCUCAUGGUUUUUGAUGCAGACAUGGGCCUCUCAACCUUUCCUUGGGCAGAAUACUUCCGGCGCUACGAAGACUAUGCCUCAAAGUGGGGCAUAGCACCAGUUGAGACAGGUAUCAUCUUGGAGCAGCGAACCUUGGGCGUUGACUGGGGCGUGGACUCCACAUGGUGUGGAGCUGCUGCUGAAUGGUCCAACCGGGAGGAAUGUGAAGACGCGACGGCCACUGCAUCAUGGGUGCAGAUGAAGGUGGACAAACGCAUUAGAUCUAAAGCUAGCAGCUACUUCUGGACAAAAAGAGGUAGGGAUUCCUCUACGAGCAACUCCAUAGACUUUGAAGUGCCCAUCGAUUUCUCCAAAAGACCCACCUGGACCUUCAACAAUACCAAUGACGAACAGGUGAGGCAUUCGCCUCUUAUUGACGAUGAGAAGAACAUUUACCUGAUGACUACGACCAAGCUGCGCAAGUUCAGCAAACAUGGGCAUCUCCAAUGGACCUUCACGCAGGAAGACAGCAUGACCACUUCUCCCACAAUGCAUGACAACAAGAUCUACUUGCUCGCUCAGCGUGUGGGUGGUGGUAAUAUUGUGGCUUAUGCCCUCAACAUGACAGAUGCCAGUGUGAUUUGGAAAGUGGACAUGCCGGGCCGAUCACGUGGACCAGACUCUCAGUCUCUCCUGCUUGUGAAGAAUAGACUCAUUCUGCCAGGGCAAAUCGACUCUCCAAAAGGUGACAAUGGAUUUGUGGCAAUCAAUGCGUCCAAUGGUGAUUACUUGUGGGAGUACGCCACUGACGAGAUCAUUUGGAACUCCUCCCCAUGUGCUGCUGAUGAUACAAUACUUUUUUCAUCUAGCUGCGGCACCGUCUUCCGAAUUUCCCUUGAUGGAAAGCUCCUGUGGAAGGCAGGCACGCAGUAUGGUGGCAAGAGGAUGUGUGGCACAGGUGGUGGUUCUCUUGGGCCCAAUGAUGUUUUCUACAGCGAGUACUCAGAUGACAGCGGAGGCCACAUCGUGGCCCACAGGCUUAGCGAUGGAGAGAAGUUGUGGCAGAGAGAUUUCGACCAUAAGCACCAGGGGAUGCAAUACCCGUCAAUUGGUCGUUUGGGCACAGAUGGGCCAUUAGCAGUGGUUGCUGCUCUUGGAGAAAACCCAGGGAUGCCUCAGCCUCUUCUCGGAGGGUUUCGUGAGAAGUAUUUUUCAGACGCAUCAUACCGGAAAGAACUUGGGGCGGAGCCAAAAGCUAACUUCAUCAUUGCGUUGAAUGCAGAAACAGGGGAGACAAUAUGGGAGUGGGAGGAAGAGCUGUGGGACCAUUUCGGAGCUGCAGGUGACGAGGAAGGCUUCAUCGAGCGUUUGAUCAAGCACAAUAUUGAGAACCCAGUUUGCUUGCCGGACCUCCAAGGUAUCCCAGUUGUCAACUCCUUGGAUGGGUCAGUUUUUGCUUCCAGUGGCCAUGGAGGCAAUCUGACCGUGAUACGGGACGACAACAAGGAUGGAAUUAUUGACACAAGUGAGGUGAGGAGUUUUGCUCCCGGCAUUUGCUUCCUCAACUCGCCGUCAAUGGCGCCAGGGAUGUUGGUCGUGUCGCCCUGCUGGGGCCCCACCUAUGUUUGGCUUAGUUAA